AUGCCCUCCUUGCUAAAAUACACUCUCACUAGUGGAUUAGAAAAUGUGAAUAUCGAAACUAUGCUUGGAAAAUCCCACAAUUUUCGAUGGGCUUUAGUUGCGCCGUCAUCUCCUCAAUUCGCUGGUUGUUACAAUAUUAUCAAUCAAAACCACUAUGUAGCGUUACAUUAUUAUAAAGAAAAAGAAAAACCAAUUGUUAACGAUACUGUUGACGCGAGAAAACUUGACCCAGACGACCCAUGUUUCGUUUGGAAAUUACAAAUUGUUAUCAACCCUCAUUCAACUAAGAAACUUAUUGCUAUUAUUCCGUAUGAAUUCGCGGAAAAACGAUUGACUGCUGUUGAUUCGUUCAAUGAAAAAAUUCCGCAAAUUAAACCAAAUGAGGGAAAACAAUCGCAGCAUUGGCAUCUAAUGUAUGAGAAUAAACCUUCCAAACUCUAG